AUCCAAUGAAAAUUCGUGAUCUAAUCACAUGACAAAAACACUACUUCCUGAACAUACCGACAAUCUGAAAUUGAAUGAAGUUCCAAUUUUAGCUGUCAAGGUUCCCCUGAAAAUGAAGACUACAUGGAUCCCCUGCUGCCUGAGUAUAUUGUUCUUCAAGGCAGGCAGUGCUUCACCUUUGGAAAAAAGACCCAAUUUUGUUUUGAUGAUGGUUGAUGAUCUGGGUAUUGGAGACUUGGGGUGCUAUGGCAACACUACCCUGAGGACCCCCAACAUUGACAAGCUGGCUCAGGAGGGAGUGAAGUUGACACAGCACAUUGCCGCAGCACCUUUGUGUACACCCAGCAGGGCGGCCUUCCUCACAGGGCGAUACCCAAUAAGAUCAGGCAUGGUGGGUCAAGGCAGGCUAGGAGUAUAUGUGAUCUCCGCAGCAUCUGGGGGCCUUCCUAAUCAAGAGGUCACGUUUGCCAAGAUUGCCAAACAGCAAGGUUAUAAGACCGCACUGAUAGGAAAGUGGCACCUGGGGCUUAACUGUGAGUGGAGCAAUGAUCACUGUCACCACCCCAGCGUUCACGGAUUUGACCACUUCUACGGCAUCACCAUGACCAACCUGCGUGACUGCCAGACGGGCCACGGCACAGUGUUCGUAAACGUCCUCGCACACAUCCCCUACAGGGCCCUGGGGGUGGGGGUGGCCACCGUGGCCUUGCUGCACGUCAGGGGCGUGGUCCCCAUCAGGAGGAGGCUGGCCCUGUGCCUGGCAGCUCUUGUGGGCGUGGCUGCGGCAUCCUUUACUAUGUUUGUCCUCACGUUUCCCAACUUGAACUGUUUCCUCAUGAGGAACCAAGACAUUGUUGAACAGCCUUAUGUCUCUGAGAACCUGACCCAAAGAAUGACACGCGAGGCUGUGGAGUUUCUUGAAAGAAACUCAGAGAGACCCUUCCUGCUCUUCCUUUCCUUCAUUCAAGUGCACACUGCUCUGUUUGCCUCGCCUCGCUUUCAAGGGACCAGCCAGCACGGUCUCUAUGGUGACGCUGUCCAUGAGGUUGACUGGAGUGUCGGUCAGAUCAUGCAGACCCUGAACAGGUUGAGUGUGAGUGAAAACACACUGCUCUACCUGACCUCAGACCAGGGGGCCCACCUGGAAGAGAUCUCUGUCAGGGGGGAAGUGCACCGGGGCUGGAAUGGCAUCUACAAAGCAGGGAAAUCCACCAAUUGGGAAGGAGGUAUUAGAGUCCCAGGUGUGCUGCGUUGGAGCGGUACGUUACCCGCCGGGAAGCUGAUCGACGAGCCGACCAGCAACAUGGAUAUUUUUCCCACUGUGGUGAAGCUAGCUGGAGCGAGCACACCAGGGGAUAGAAUAAUAGAUGGUCACGACCUCCUGCCCUUGCUGCAGGGGAGAGUCAAGAGGUCAAGACAUGAGUUUCUCUUCCAUUACUGUAAUGCCUACCUGAAUGCUGUGAGGUGGUGCCCUCCUGACAGCCAUUCAGUCUGGAAGGCUUUCUUCUUCACUCCUAACUUCUAUCCCGAAAACGGGACCGGCUGCUUCCACACACACGCCUGCUUCUGCACUCCAGAGUAUGUGACAUACCACGACCCCCCCUUGCUCUUUGACCUGUCCAGGGACCCUUCAGAGACCACGCCCCUGACGGCAGACUCUGAGCCCGCCUUCCAUGCCGUGCUGGAGGAGAUCCGGGUGGCGGUGGAGCGCCACACGGGCUCCGUGGUGCCUGUCCUCUCCCAGAUGACCCCAGGGAAGCUGGUGUGGAAGCCCUGGCUGCAGCCCUGCUGCUCUUCCCUGGCCCAGCUCUGCAGAUGUGAGAGGGACAGUCAGCGCAGCAUAUCGACCCCUCCACAGGAGCAGCCCACCAGUUAACACUUCUACUGGUCCGUGGGUUGGGGGGGGCGGAAAAGGCAUUUCAUGUUGCACUUCUCCUAUUAGACCUUGUGGAAGAACUAUCUUGCCAGGGUUUCACUGGUGCAGUACAAUUACAUUUACAUUUAGUCAUUUAGCAGACGCUCUUAUCUAGAGC